GGAUGGCGUGCACUGUACUGGAGGAGUGAUUGUUUAGCGGCACGUGGCAAGCGAUGAGCGUGGGCGGCGGAAAUAUUGGCUGCAACAACAUCAAGGACCCGUCACGCCAAUAUCAUUGCCAAUAACUCCCGUGCUCGCUAAUUAUCGUGGAAAGGAGCCAGCACCCGAAUCGUCGUAAGCAACUGCGUUACCGCGAGACUGGACUGAAAUGAAAGGCUGUUGGCAUUUGACUUUGGUGGUGUCCACGGUGUGUACCUUAUUUGCUGGCCAUGUGGACACAGCAAACAUGUUGGCUCUUUUCCCCUUGCCAGCCAGGAGCCACUGGUUUUCACUCAAACCGCUCAUUACUGGACUGUCGCAACGAGGCCACAACAUCACAUUGCUGAUUAAUGAAAUGGAGAAAGAUAUACCUGAGAACUGGGAUGUCAUAAGAAUUCCAGUGAUUUUUCCGGAUUUCCUAAAAAGUGGAAAUACCAUGAAACUACAAUCUUCAGCUGGAGGUAUGAAGCUAUAUGAUGUCUUCGUGGACGCGGGCAUCGAUAUUUGUGGGAAAUUAUUCCAGCUGGAGUCUAUUCAGAAACUGAUCAACACAAAAGAGAAAAAGUUCGAUCUGCUUCUUAUUGAAUAUUUCAUGGACGAGUGUCUCCUAGGCUUGGCACACAAAUUUAGCAUUCCUGUGGUCGCUUUGUCUUCCUUCGGAGGGUUUCCCUUUACAGGAGAUGCAGUUGGUGAUCCGUAUACACCAUCAUAUGUUCCGGAUGUUGUGUACACAUAUACAGACCACAUGACUUUCUGGCAGCGGCUGUACAACUCUCUGUCAGUGGCGUAUGCAAGAUAUGUGUUCAAUUAUUACUACUGCCCGAAAAUUGAUGAAAUGAUGAAGCAGAAUUUCAAAGAUCCUACAAUGCCAAGUGUGUCAGCUUUGAUAGCUAAUGCGUCACUGCUGAUCGUCCAAAGCCACGUGAGCUUCGCGUACCCUCGACCCCACUUACCCAGCGUGAUUGAGACCGGCGGUAUGCACAUACAGCAACCACAGGCACUACCACAGGACUUGAAGAAGCUAAUGGACAACGCAAAUGACGGCGUCAUUUUCUUCAGCAUGGGAUCUUUUGUAAGGAGUACUGAUUUUCCCCAGGAGAGUGUUCAAGCUUUUCUAACUGCUUUCUCUAAACUGAAACAACUGGUCCUGUGGAAAUGGGAGACGGACAGUAUGCCUGGGAAGCCAGAAAAUGUACAUCUUGGCAAAUGGUUUCCACAGUCUGACUUGCUAGCUCACAAAAACGUGAAGCUCUUCAUCUCCCACGGAGGACUGCAGAGCAGUUUGGAAGCGACCGCUCGGGGUGUUCCCUUGAUUGGCAUACCAGUCGGAGCCGAGCAAGGUUAUAAUGUCCAAAGAAUCGUUCACUACGGUUACGGCAUCAAACUAGAUCUGCAGAACAUAACUAUCCAGUCGGUGGAAUGGGCUAUUCAUGAAGUUUUAAAUAACCCAAUAUACCGCGAGAAGGCGGAGCUGCGCUCCCGCCUGUUCUGGGACCGUCCAGAGAGCCCUGUGGAGACGGCCGUCUACUGGACAGAGUACGUGCUGAGGCACCGGGGCGCCCCCCACCUGCGCAGCGGCGCCCUCCACCUCAGCUGGUACCAGUACCUCCUGCUGGACGUCGCUGCCCUGCUACUGUCUGGAGCGCUCCUAGUUCUUACAAUCGCUGUCAUGGCAGUCAGGACACUCUACAGGCUAAUCACAGCAAGAACUUCUGCGUUACACGAACAGAAGAAAAAGAAAACAACGAAGAAGGAGUAAAGGAGACGUCUUACCCCAGCGGUGCCGCAGCUGAAGAGACGCUACUCUCAGUGUAACAGGAUUAAUAACUGACAGUACAAACAACGUGUCCAUGACGAUUUGCGACUCACGUUACAAAACGUGAUAUCAAGUCUCCGAGUGCUAUCACAUCUAGGUAAAGCCCUUCUGCUCCAUCUCAUGUCUGACCUUAUUUAUCGGCUGGAAUUCUGUUGCUAGCCAACUUCAAAGUACUCUAGUCGUUCACAAGAAAUGUGCAGGGAAUUCACAUACUCGUUAGGCUCUGAAGGGAUGAGUAAUUGGAAAACUUCAUUAACUACAAUAAUGUUAUGGAAAUAUAUUGUACUGAAGUUAAUCUGUUUAUUCUUCUGUUGUCGUCUUCAAGAUCUGAAGUGGAGACGGUGGAUGAGACAUACAGGGUGGUUUAUCUGCCCCUACACAUUUCGUUCUAUGCAACCCACAGUGUUACAUGUGGCCUUAAAAAAACACCUGCGAGAUUUUCAUAUUCUCUCUCUCGCCAUGCGGAAACUAUUAGUCCUACCGAAAAAUGGGCCUUUUUGUAGGCAGUUAAAUAUCGGAAUAGGAUACGCAUUCACUGGAGACCAUGGUUGUUCCAGAAAACGUACAAAAAUUACCUUCAAUCGCACCUCUCCCCAACACACACAUUCCUCAUCAGCUAGAAUUAAAGUGUGUUAUUCGUGGCACUCCCUCUUACCACUAAAUAAAAUUUUGCGACUACACCAACUGUUCACGAGACCGAGCGAGGUGGCGCAGUGGUUAGCACACUGGACUCGCAUUCGGCAGGACGACGGUUCAAUUCCACGCAUGCCCAUCCUGAUUUAGGUUUCCGGUAAUUUCCCUGAAUCACCACAGGCGAAUGCUGGAAUGUUUCCUUUGAAAGGGGACGGCCGAUUUCCUUCCUCAUCCUUCCCAAAGCCGAUGAGACUUAUGACCUCGCAGUUUGGUCUCCUCCCCCCAAAUCAACCCCGAAUCCCCACACCCACUGUUCACGAUAUUCGAUCUUUUGUGGUCUUUAUUGAUUGAUCUAUUGCGCCACCAGCGUAGUCGGCUACUUUGUUAACACUAUUAAUUUGAACGCACGAACAAGGGUAAUUAACGAAAAACGACUAAGGUAAACGUUACGCUAAAACUAAUAACGUUGAUAAUUCCAUCCAAGUUUGAUCCUUAGAAUCACAGUAGUUUCAUAGUCAGAAGCCCUGAUGAAUACGUCGAUGGAAUUGUUUAUUAUAUGCUGUUAAAAUUCACAGAAUUGUUGGACAAUGUCUGCCGCGCGGGGUAGCCGUGUGGUCGUAAGGCGUCUUGUAACGGUUCGCGUGGGUCCGCCCCCCCCUCUCCCCGCCCCCCCCCCCCACGUCGGGCAUGUGCUGUCUUUAGCGUAAGUUAGUUUAAGUUCGAUUAAGUACUGCGUAAGCCUAGGAACUGAUGACCUCAGCAGUUUGGUCCCAUAGUCCUUACCAAAAAUGUUUACACACACGCUAGUUUUAAAAUAUUACGUGUUCGAUGAAGGCGGUGGCGUAAUAGGUCAGUCUGUAAAGGCCAGAAAAGAUCUAAUGGGGAAAACAAUUCGUGCAGUCGCAAAUUUUUGUACAGUGGUGGAUAAACAACACACUAGAAAUCCUGACCGGUGGUGGCUGAGUGUGGGUGAGGAGGUGGAUUUGAAGGUCACGCCUCUAGCCUAUGUUUUUCUUGAAUAACUCGAAAACUAAAGAAAACGUAUGCCGGUACAAAAUUUAACUUCAUUAAAUUUGCUACAAAAAUGUCUUAGUGAUUUUUAUCUGUAGGACUAACAGUUUGCGCCUAACGAGCGAGAGAUUGUGAAAAUUUCGCUCGUGGUUUUUGAAGACCAUAUCUGACAUACCGGUUUUCAUAAAACGACAUCAGUAGGGGCAGCUGAAUCACCCUUUAUAUGACAUGAGGAGAAGAUUAAUUUUGAACUUUUAGUGUUUACUGGGCUACACUUGACUCAUUUCAUGCAAUGUUAAUGCUAGUGUAAAUAGUAAUUUAACUACAUUUUUACAUUCAUUUGUAUGAGAUUUUUCAAAAAAGGAGACUGUACUGUACUACAGUGAGCAAUAAAAGUCUUAUUUGUAAUGAUUAAA